AUGAUCCCAUAUUUCCAAUCAUUCUUACCAACAACUACGUCGCAGGGAGGAUAUUUGCCCCACUGGUUAUUAUUCAUAUCCGUUGUUUCGAUUUUCAAUUCCUUGCAGACAUAUCAAUCACCCGAUUUGACAUUAACCAGAAGAGUCUAUGAAUCAGCCCCAACAACCGAAGUUACCAAAUUGAGUGCUAGAACCUUCGGUACUUGGACAUUCAUUACGUCAAUUGUCAGAUUUUACGGUGCGUACUACUUGGUGGGUAACAAACAAAUCUACGAGUUAUGUAUGUGGAGUUUUGCUGUGGCCGGAGGACAUUUUAUCAGUGAAUGGUUGUACUUCGGUAACUGCAAAUUAGGUAAAGGAUUGGCAGGCCCAUUGAUUGUCAGUAGCACCAGUUUGCUCUGGAUGUACUUGCAAAAAGACUUUUAUCUUAAUUGA